UGAAAUUUCAAGCUUUGUUAUGAAAUGUUGAACUCAUAAGUCAACAUAAUCUAUUAUCUAUCGGUCUAUUCACUUUUCAUAAAUUAAAAAUUCAUCAAAAGCACGAAAAUAUCAAAAUGAUUCAUAAAUAGUCAAGAUUUUAAACCAUAACACUUCAAAGAAGUUAAUUUAUGAAGUUGUUAAUGGUCAAAAUGCUGUCGCGAAUGUGUUCAAUCUGCUUGGAGUCCAGGGAAAGCAUCAGAAUAGUACAAGAAUCAGACGAAAAUGGUUUGCAACUGUCUAUGAAAUUAAAAUACAUAGCUCCAGAAGUGGAUUGGUUAAUUGAAUACAAAAUAUGUGAAAUCUGUGUGAAUGAACUCAGAAAUGCCUGUAGAUUCCGGGAACAGUGCCUCAAACUAUUGAAUGACGUCAAAUCAGAAAAAUUUUGUCAUGAAACUGAGGAAAAUCGCAUACCUACUCCCACAGUUGUUGAUGCUUGUGAUGAUGCUUGUGAUGAUGAUUCUGACAAUUCAUCAGAUGAUUCCUCAGGACCCAAAGAAGAUCCGCCUGUUGAAGAAGAACAGGAGGAGAAACAAGUCUUCAUAUGCUUUCACUGCAAUGCAAAGUUUGUCCUAAAAAAAGAAAUCAAAGAACACAUCCAAAAAGAACAUACAGACAGGCAAGACUCAGUUAAGUACAAAAGAACUGAGGAAUGCCUAGAGUGUGGAAGAAAAUUUGCUAAAAAGGAGUCUCUCAAAGAGCAUUCUAUGAUGUGUGAUGGGGUUAACAGGCAUAAUACAAUGAAGCGUAAUCAUCAAUGUGAUAAAUGUAAAAGAUUUUACACAACAGAAAAGAUUUUGAAAGCACAUAGAAAACGUUGCAUGAGGAAUAUCAUUGGAGACUUUGAUGAUUCAGACAAAGAGGAUGAUUCUAGGUCUAAAAAAAAGAUAGUACGCAGAAGAAGAAAAAAAGAUGAGAAAAAAGAGGAAAGUGGCCCUUUGGUCUGUAAAAUGUGUGAUCUUGCCUUUGAAUCUCUGCUAGAGCUAAGAAAACAUGUAUCAUUGGAUCAUAAACAAGAAAGAAUAGGUCGUUUCACCACAUUUACAUGUGAUAUCUGUUCCCAGCGUUUCAACUUUGUGAGAGCAAUCAUUGAUCAUUAUGUUAAAGCACAUGCUAUUGAAGAAAAACAAGUAAAACCAUAUAGCUGUGAUGUUUGCAAGAAAAGAUUCCGUGUGUCUACUAACUUAACAAUCCAUAAAUUACAUCAUGAGGGUAAGAGAAUGAACAUAUGCAGUAUUUGUGGCAAAAGUUUCAUCACCAAGCAUGAUCUUCUGAGACAUGAGAUGAUUCACUACAGUGAACGUAACUACAAGUGUGACAAAUGUGACAAAUCAUUCAAAACUGAUGAUAACCUUAGGAAACAUUGCCUGAUAGUGCACACAGACCAAAUGCUGUGGAAAUACACCUGUCACAUCUGUGGAAAACGCUUCCCUGUCAAGUCCAAUCAUGAUAUCCAUGUCAGAAGACACAUGGGAGAGAAAAACUUCAGUUGUUCUUUGUGUGGGAAAGCAUUUGUGACAAGAAAAGAGAUGCGGGAGCAUUUUGGCAACCACACUAAUGACAAACUUUUCAGAUGUGAUCAGUGUGGUAAAGAAUAUAGAAACAAGAAAGGCUUGGACAUACACUUGACCAAGGCCCAUGGUAUAGGCAAUGCUAAGAUACCAGUGCGUGAAAGGAAACAUGCUUGUCAUAUAUGUCCUGCUAGAUUUCCUGAUAGAUCAAAACUUGCUAGGCAUCUUAGUGUUCAUUCUGGGAUAAAGCCAUUCUCUUGUUUCUCAUGUGAAAGGAAGUUCACUGAUAGAUCUUAUUUGAAGCAGCAUCUACAAAAGUCUCAUAAUAUUUUUGAGGGGCCUACAAAUGACCUUAGAGAACUUGGGGGUCCCAUGAAGAAUGAAUUUUAUUAGAUUUGACACUAUUUUUAGUAUACUGAUUUUUUAUUCUCAUUAUCUAUAGGUAUUUUUAUUCCAUAGUAUUUACAGUAUGAUAGAAUACAGUAAUGAUGAUUAUAUACAUAUUUAAGAUCUACCAA